AGAAGCUCGCAGGGAGCCUCGCUGCAACACGGAGACACAGCCUCACUGCUGCCUAGCGGAUUGCGGAGUCCUUUCGUCCUCCUCGGAUCCUUGGCCAGCAAGCACAGUCGCUCGGCUACUACCUGCAACCUCCUGCGGGAGCAAACGGGGUUUAAAGGGGGAGUUCCAUUCGCUUGCCUUGGGUUUACCAGAAGAGUCGUCGGAAUGGAUUACACGCGACUGAUCCUUCCCUUGCUCUUUGUGAUCAGCCACACAGGUAAGCUGAGGAAUCGGCUGCGCUUUCUUUCUUUUUUCACCCCCCCCGGGGGGGGGGAGAUAGUGCAUGCUACUCCUACCGCCUCCACUCCCGUUUUUCCAAGUUCCCACUGCAAGCGUGCCUAGGUCAAGAGUGUACUUUUGCUGGUAGACUGCGUCCAGCCGAGGAAGAGUGAUAAGGCUCUGAGGCCACAGGUCUGAAGCUACUCUCUCCAGUCUUUUACCUGAGCGCUGGCUUCUUCGCUUCGCUUGCUACCAAGGUGUUAAGGAGCGCCUCGGCUGCGAUCCACAAGGCCGUUAACCCGGAGUGGCUGGUUUUAAACCAGAUUCCUCCCUCUGAGAGUUAACGCGAUCUUAUGGCGGAUAAAUGUUUGGUGGCAUGUGCACCACACACCGAGUAAACGAGCAUUCUGCCGCUACUGGUUAUGUGGUUGGGAAAGUUCAAUUAUUUAAAGGGUUCUUCUUUUAUAUGCCCCGUCUCAUCCCUUCGAGCGGAUUUUCUCGACCUCGUUUAAUCUCUACGAAUAAUUCUGCAUUGACAUGUUGUGCCCGGGGAGGUAACCUGGAUGGGAUUUCGGACUAAGGGCAUCCUGGUUUUACCGCACUCCUUUGCAGAGCUAAGCGCUCCUAAAACCCCAUUCCUUUGAACAGACUUUGGCACGCUAAAGACACCCACAAACUCCACAUGCGGAGCAGUUGGGGGGUCCCCGCCGCCGGUGAGAAUUACAAGCGGCCUGACCCUGCUCAUGCCUACUCGGAAGUAAACCCUAAUAAUAAAAAGGUACAACUAGCCCGUCCAUUGCCUAGAAAUCGCAAAUUGCCUUACCUGAUCUGAUUCUGACUACGUUUUAGCCUCCUAUACCUACGCUGCACACACAGUAUUCGAAAGAUGCUCAGGAUCGCAUUUUCCCUCUUAGUGCGCAUCUUCAGAAUACUGUAAGCGCAGGGACUCUGGAUUCGCCUAUUUAAUGGAGCUCGUUGCGAUUGUAUGAAUUCAAGGAGUCGAGCUACCCUCCCUAGACUGGGGAAUAAGCCCCCACUGAAUACAAGGGUUGCUUCCCAGUAGGCUAGGUUACGAUUUUUCCAGAGGUGCCAACUUAAAAUAUUUUGGGGGAGGGGCAGGUAAGCCUUGUCCCGCAGGAUCCUCCACAAGAAGCCACACGCACACAGCAUUUGAAUGGCAAUGCCCAUCAACUGGAGCGGGCGCUAGCGACCCCCUCAAAUACUUUAUUGGGGAGGCGAAGGGACCUCGGCCUCUAGGAGUUGGUUACUAUGUCACGCAGGAUCAGGAGUUGAGGGAAAGCGAGGUGGAGUGGAGGGGCGAUGAUCUGGGUCUAAGGCCCCCCUCGGAGGGCAUCCCCAAGGCAGCCACCGCUCCGGCUCUGCGGUUCCUCCAACAAUGUGUGAAAUGGAUUUAAGACUCAUCAGCUGCUUGCAUGGCGCCAUAAAACAGAAGCACUCCGGUUUAAAAGCCCUUGCGCUCCGUCUCCCUUAGAUUUCCCCUUCCUCUGCUGGCUCGGAUCAAAAAAUCUGCGUCUUUAUUAACAGCCACGUGGAGAAAGUUUCCCGGUAACGACGAUCGCCGCGUGUCCCUGAUAAACCUUGCGCUGCCCUGAGCGUCUCCUGCGAGCCGCCCUGCAGGCAUGGCAGCUGCUCCCGUCUCCUUUCCGAAUAGCGCGCCUUCCCUCCCGGCCAAGCUCCGAUAGGAGCGCCUGCCUGUCUCGUGGCUUCUUUCCCCUUUUUGCUCAAGCGCUGCUCUUUCUCUCUCCUGCAGCUGCUGCAGACGCGGAGCUCGGCGCCUCCGAGAGCGCUCAAAGGCAGCCUUCGAGCGCCCCCUGGCCGCUGCGCAGGUCCAAGCGGUGCUCCUGUUCUUCCCUGAUGGAUAAGGAGUGUGUCUAUUUCUGCCACCUGGACAUCAUCUGGAUCAACACUCCCGAGUGAGUACUGCCUCCUCCUUGGAACUAAGCCAUUAAUGCAGGUUUUUUUUUAUUAUUAUUGCAGCGAGGUUGCUGCUUGCGGUUGUGGCAUAAUUAGCCUGCUAAUUCCUCCUUUAAAGUAACCUCGUCAGCUCAUCUGUCUGGUGCUCUCUCUGGGCCAUAAUCACAGCACCAGUCUGGUACCCAGCGGAAGGCUAAGUGUAUCUUAGACUUUGCAUAGCACUAGCUGAAAAAAAUCAUAAUUUUAAAAACACAAUUAAGCACCAAAGCAUUUCACGUUGGUGCAAUAAAAGUACAAAUCAAGGCAUUGCUUUCUGAAAGUAUCACUUCACUAAUAGUACCUUUAGUGGAUUCAGACGUAACUCUCAAAGUCCAACAGGGCUUACUCCCAAGUAGGUGUGUAGGAUUGCAGCCCUAAUGGUUGCGACUGCAAUCCAUGAAACCAGUGGGAUUUAAGUAGCUUUAUAGGUGCAUCCUAGGAUAUCCUAGGACGCUUCUUAACGACAGGAGAAGAAGACUUGAAGUAACAUGAAGAAUGCUGAGGGUUGCAUUUUACUUCCAAGAGAGUAGUGGCUCAUUAUAUGAAACAAGGUUUGCUUAUGGAUAAACAUGCUUACUAUCCCCAGCUUUUCAUGCUAUUCUGGUCCUAAACAAAUUUUAAAUUCUUCUGCAAAGAAUUUGUACUAGGCUGCUUAAUGGCUAAAAAGUUAAAGCCAGUUAAAUUGUUUUGUUUCGGGAUUGUGUGUGCAUUGGGGUAGGGUAAAAGAGUUGAUUCGCCCAGAAACAAAAUAAUUUGCAGCGUUAGACUGAAAUUUGUUACUGGAUUGUAGCCAAGAAGGGAGGGGGAGGAAUAUCUUUAGCACAUUCCGCUAAGACAGAAUCUAGUCAAAAAUUCUUUCUGUGGCUCCUUGCUGGCUCAGCAUAAUGUGUGGAAGGACCAUGGUUAAUCACCAUUAGAGAUUAGCAAAGAAAGGCCAGGAAUGCUGUUGUCCAAAGAACUGUGUUGUAUAAUUAAAAAGCACCAUUGAUAAGGGCGCUGAAAUGUAUCUUUAAAAACCACCAUCUGGCACUAACAUCACCAAUAGCAUUUUAAUUAGUUGCCUUAAUAGUGUAAUAAUUGGAAGGAGGGCUUCAUUGCUAAAUAGACAUGAAUGGUGCAACUUAUUUGUAUUUUGAAUUGGGAGAGAGCUCAUUGCAUGCUGAUGAAGAUGCAUAACGAAUCUUGAAUUUUAACACAUCUCGCACAGCACACUGAAUUCUGAAUUUUAACACGUUUCGCACAGUGUGCAGAAGCAAACUUGGUUUUUGUCUUCAAGUAGGGACACCUCCUUGACAAGUGUACAUAUUUGAUGCCAGCGUUUGCAAACAUCAAUUUGUCUUGGUCACACACUAUUGUGCUCCGGAAAAUGAAAUUUGUAAAGUGGCUCUAGAAGUCAGCCUAAAUAUGAGUUCCCUCAAGUUUCAGUUGUGGCAGCUAACAUUUGCUAAAAUGGAAACUGGUGUUGCUUUUUCCACCAGCCUAUGCAAAUGUGUGUUAGAAGUUAUUAGCAAAUGUGAGUUUCAACCUUUGGUGUGGCCAGAGUCCUUUUAAAUCAACGCUCCUAACUUUUAUUUCUGUGAGUGAAUUAAACAGUUCUCUCCCUCUUCUCUCUCCCCCCUCCCUCCAACGAUAGGCGAAUUGUGCCAUAUGGGCUCGGGAGUCCUUCCCGAUCAAGGCGGUCACUGGAAGAUUUACCUCUUGGAAGACAUGGAAGAUGCCAGUGUGCUAACCUAAAAGACAAGAAGUGCACAAGCUUCUGCGAGACUGGAAAAGAACACUGGUACGUUUUGGUUUGUUCUGUCCUCUUUCACCUGUGCUAUAAUGAAUUGAGUGCUAGGUUCCAAUUUAUUAGAUACAGUCGUACCUUGUUUUGCGACUGGAAUCUGUUCCGGAGCUCCGGCCGCUAGCUGAAAAGGACGCAGGGCAAAGUGCCGCAUAUGCACGAAGCGGUUUGUGCUUCUGCGCAUGUGCGAAGCGCGAUUUAGCACUUCUGCACAUGCACCAGCGGCAAACCCGGAAGUAACCCAUUCCGGUACUUCCGGGUUUGCCGCGGACGUUUGCCAGAAUGGACGCUAGAUGAAGCGGGUAUUACUGUACUAGAAUAAGUAUACUAUACAUGAGUAAAACCUGUGUUUGUGUAAAAGGCCACAAUUUUUUUUAAAAAAGCUUAAGUGUAGGCAAAGAACCAGAGUGGUAUAUAGAGUGUUGGACUCACAUACUGUAAGAUUCAAAUCUCCAUUGAGCCAUGAAACUCAUUAGUGAUGUUUGGUCUCUUAGUCCAGCAUACCUGUUAGGCUCUUGUCUAGUUAAUAUUGGAGUGUUGACAAGUAUGGAGAAAAGCUAGGGUAAAAAAAGAAAUGUAAUUGUUCAUUAUAUGUAAAUCAUGCAAAUGUCCUCAUAGCCGCACCUCUUUUGCUCUUUCCUUUUAAAAAUAUAAACAGGACUCAGUCCACCACAGAGAAAGGCUGGAGAAAUCUUCAUAAAGAUAGAGGUUGCAAAGGGCUUGGAUUGAAAUGUGCGUUCAGACAACUGGCUAACAGCAAGAAAAUGAGAAGGUGAGUUUGUUAUUUGAUACCCUGUGGGGGAAAGGGUUGAGUGAAAGAAAUGUCUGUGCAAGAGGGUAUAAGCUGUGUUUAGUUCUCUUAAAAAAUCUGGGGAAAGUGAAGCCUUUUGGUAGCUGGGGUAGAAUCUUUGCACCACAACUGUUACCUACACAGUUUCUUCAUUGUAUGGAACAGACUGCUUCAUGGAAACCAGGAAGUGUUAGGAACAGGACCUUGGAUCGGAUAGAUUUGCAUUCAGUUGAAUUGCCUUUAGGCUACUUGGCAGAUGUAUUUUGCUCAUAUGCAAGCAUCUAAUUAAGCACCAAAUAUGGUGCCUGAAAUAAGUUUUCUCACAGACGAGACUGGCAGUGACUCUAAAGGGUGUUUUUCUCCCCCUUUUAACUUUACCUGAAGCAUAUUGAUCUCUUACUUUUGUGAUUAAUGUUGAGCAUUAUCUUGCAGAAAGUAAUCCUAUUUAAUAAAUUUAUGUAAAUAUCCUGCUUCCAAAAUGGGUUUGGCACUUCAAAGUGCUAAGUCUCUUCAGGGGAGAAAUCAUGCCUAUGCAGUCCUCACAAUAAAUUAAAUCCUGGCUGUGGAUGACUGCAAAAAGAGUUCCACGUAUGGACACCAAAAUAUACUGCAUAUACACCAUUUAAUGUACAUGGAGGCAGAUUCUCAUAAUAAAAACUGAGGUGCAAUGUGCGUUAGUUGUCAUUCUUCCUUUUUGAAACUGCUGCUGCUUUUAACAGCAGACUGACACAGGGAUUUAGCAAGUGAGACUUCUACCAUCCCUUUGCUCCCUGCCAUAAAAUAUGGCAGACCUUUAGGGUUAUAUUGAAUCAACUUGAAUUAGUAUAGGACAGGUUUUUCCCAAAUGGGUCUCCAGCUGCUUUUGGACUACAAUUCCCAUCACCCCUGACCACUAGUCCCGCUAGCUAGGGAUGAUGGGAGUUGUAGUCCAAAAACAGCUGGAGACCCAAGUUUGGGAAGCCCUGGUAUAGGAGUAUGUGGAUGUGUGUUUCGUUUAACAUCUCAAAAGGUGGGAAGGAAAAAGGAGCAGAAUUGCUAUGUACAAGCAUCUAUACAAUCUGGGUUACAUGUGAAUAGGAAGAUCAGAAUGUAUGGUCUCUCGAUUUAUUUAAUGGUUUCUUGUUUCUGCAGGUUGGAUGCCAUUGGUAAUAGUAUCAAAGCGUCUUUUAAUAUUGCCAAACUGAAGAGCAGGCUGCACAAACCAAAGCAGAUGAAGCAUAACCGAACAUAUCAAAAGCAAAAUAUUUGGGAAAGCCUGAAGACGACGUCUUAGUGGAAAGAUCACCAACCCUAAUCCUCGAGUCAUCACGAAUUACUGACAAAGCAUUGCUGAAGCUCUGUUUUGACUUCUUAACAUUCCACUCCACGAAAAGAUCAAGGAGUGUUGUUCUAAAUAUUAACUCUCUGAAAGUAGAGGAGGGCCCAAAUAAAUCUUCCCUUUGGACAGAUGACAAAGCAGUUAAAUACUGCCAUCUUCUUGGAAUUCCAUUGAAUAGGUUGGGUCAAAAAGCAUCCCUUCAACUGGUUUUCUUUUUCGGUGGGCUGUCAGAUGAAGAAAGGGCAAAUCUGGGCCCCAUUUCUUAAGAGAGGGUAAAAUUGAAGCAGUGAUCUUAUUUGGUUUGGCAGGCUUCUCUUAACAUAUAAUGCAAGCUCUUUUGGGAUCAAGAAGAUCAGAAAUGAAGAGGUCAAGAUCUGAAAGAGAAGACUUGCAUCAUUUUGACUUAAAUUAAAAUGGAAAAUGACUGUGCUACUUUGAUCAGGACACACAUCCUACAUAACAACUCUACCUCAAAUGCUCUUAUGUUGCACUCUUGCCAAAGUAUUGUUAUAACUUUUUUGUGUGACCUUCAAGCAUCUGUUACAACCUCUUAUUUUUUAAUCAUUCAUAAAUGCCAGUAGCUCGCCAUUUUGUAGCUCUGAACUUUCAAGGCUGCGGAUAAAAAUGGUCUUCUACACUCUGUGCUAACAAAGGAAAGAAACUUAACAGGCCCCAUCCUAAAGAUGGCACAGAUUCCUGGGAAGUAGAUCUCACUGCCUUUCUGCUUUUGCAGUGCAAUCCUAUGUCUUAACUUGGAAGCAACUCCUAUUGAGCUCAAUGGGACUUGCUCCCUGGUAAGUGUGUACACGAUUGCAGCCUCAGAUAAGCAAGCUUGGGGUUGAUGUGCACGAGCUUGGCAGAAAUGAAGUUUAGCUUAACACAGUAAACUGCAUGAACACUCAAUGCAAGAGGAGAUCUGACAGCGUUUAGUGUAAUGUGGAGAUGCGGAUAACUAAUAUCCUAAUAAGAGGUAGAUGCUGCAUUGGCGCGAUCUCUUGAAAUGAAAGUCUGUAUGGCAGCAGGUGGCUUAAAAAUAAGACGAAAAAGCAGUGGAUGUUCAUAGCAGUGGGUUUAUCUAUAAGACAAUUCACUGAAUAAGGUCUGGAUUGUAAUUUUGUAUGAUGUGGCAUAUUUUUUAAUCUAUAUAUUGUAUUUAUAUUCAUGAAACUGACAUUAUAUUUACCAUGUUGAAUAUUCAUUGAAACAGGCCAUAUUGGUCUAUGCAUGUCUUAUGUAUUUCUGUAUGAAAUUAGGGGAAAUGCCUUAUGUCUGUUAAGGUAAACAUAUAAGAAAUAAGAAAUAAAUAUUUUUAACUACUGC